AUGGCAAAAAUCAACGCAACUAAAAAAUCUUCUACCACUCGCAAAGCCAGUGUCACUCCAGCCACCAAGUCUACUCCUCUAGCCGUGAUCUCCAAGUUUGAUGUCAAGACCAUGUUGAACCGCAAACCAUCUGGGUUCGCCAACAAAUCGACAUUUGUCAAACUCUCUCCUGAAC